AUCUGUUUUUCUGCUUAAAAUAAAAGAGCUUCGCGUUGCCGUGGAUUUUAUUGCUGAAAGAACAGGCAGAAAUGAAUUUCACGAAAACUAAUAUUCUUGUGAUUUAGGUGAAGAGUAGAUCACAUGUAGCUAAAGGAGAUUCUGCUUCAAUUUAAAUGAUGGCUUCCUAUCAGAGACCUGCCGAUGAUCUUCAGACGGAUGGGUCGAUGGAUCCAGAUCAGACCGGUCCAAACCAGAGUGGAGCCAGUUUGGAUCAGUUGAAGAGUGAACAAGCUCGACUGUUACAACAACUCCAAAGUUCUGAUAACUUGUCAACAAACGAAGAGACUGGCAAUGUGGCAAAUCCCGAACCAAAUGGUGCCAUGGCAGGCAGCGCCUCGUCCGACCAACAGAGAGCGACAAACAAGUCAAUGACAUUCUCCGAUACAUCGUCAGUGGUCUCCCCAUUGGAGAUAUCUAUGCCGGGGCUGCAGCCGUUCCCCAAGGCGGGGAACCAGUUACCAAGCAGCUGGAGUGACUGCACCCUGUCCGGGGCCGUGCCGUUCUGUCUGGUCAUGCUCAACAAGCAGAGCUGGGAGUUCCAGAGUAUCUUGGCUGAAUUCACCGCGGCGGACUUGACAGUGAAGAAGAUCGAGCGCGUAGAGAACAAGGACCUGUGGGAGAAGUUUGAGUUCGAGAGGAAUAGGAUGCAGAAGAAUACAACAGAGGUGAACGAAGUGUACUUGUUUCAUGGGACAACAGCUGACAAGGAGCAGAUCUGCCACGAGGGGUUGGACCAACGUCUGAGCAGGAUUGGGUACUUUGGACGAGGCAUCUACUUCAGCAAUGAUCCGCGGAAGUGCGUGUCUUACACGCAGAGCGACAAGGCGAAUCCCCAGACCUCUCUACAGACAACCUGCACCAUCUACAAAUGCCGAGCAUUGCUGGGAAAUAUGAAGGUCUACCCUCCUGGACAGCAUGCCAAGACCCUCAAGAGAGAACCGGAAGUGGAAAACCAAGAGCCAGGGGGCCCAAAAUACUACGAUUCUGUCAAGGGUCAUGUCAAGCAGUAUGAUGAAUUCAUUCUCUACAAGAGUGAGCGUGUCAUGCCAGAGUACGUCAUCUCCUGCUUCUUGCCAGUCACGUCUUCCAGCCAAGAUUCUCUGACUGCACCGACGGUCGUUGCAUCGACCAAUCACAAGGACAGAAGAGAUGAGGAUUUGUACGGCGGCUUGGAUCAGGAGGAAGUGAGCGCGGAGCUUGAGGCAGGAGCUCUGAGACGGCCUGUGAGAGAUGCUAAUGGGAGGAGAGAAAAUCUUGAGGAAGAUUUAUACGGAGGAGCGGAUGAGGAAAUCAGUGCGGAACUUGAAGCUGGGGCACUGGGACCGCCAAAAGGAAAUGUUGAGGGGGAAGAAGUUGAGAUGGUGGAAGAUGAGGAAAUGAGCAUGGAACUGACAGCAGAGGGGUCGGAGAGACUUGGGGUGGGAAGCAAGGACAAACAUCCAGAGUUGGAGGACAAUCAUCCGGAGUUGGAGGAAGAAGGAGAUGUCUACGAGCAGCUGCAUCAGAAGGAGAUCUUGGAGGCAAUCCAAAAGCAGAAGCGAGAAAAAGAGGAGAUGGAGAGACAGAAGGAGCGGGGACAUGCUGGAAGGAAGGAGAGACCUAGAGAAGAACCUCAUGGUGUCAUCGUGAACCAAUUGCAGGAGGAACGCUCGGAAGAAUUAACAGUAAGAGGGAGUGAUCCAACUAAUGUAGCAAAUAAGGGAGGCAAGGUUGUCCCGCAGAGGCCAGCACAGCUUCCUAAGUCAGCCAGUGACCCGGGUAUCACUGUGAACCAACUGGGGGAAUCCCGGAGACACAAGAAGGAAAGCAUCGCGCCCGAGUUCCUCCCCUUGAUCCUGGAGGUGCGGGAGCGGGUCCAGGAGUCGCGGAAGAAAGAGAAAGAGAUGGAGCAGCAGGGCCAGAUGAAACGAACUCAGAGUUCCUCUGAGCGCAAGACUCCACGCUGGGUGCGGGAAGACCUGGCAGCCGCGUGGACUCCGGGAGAGUAUGCAGAGCAGCAGAAACUGCUCUCUAAGGUGAGGGAGAAGGUUCAUGCCGACCGGAGGGCAGAGGAGCUAGAACAGCAGAGAUAUAAAGAACAGGGAAGAUCACCGGGAGUAACGGACAACUUGCAAUCGCUCGGUUACCAGGAGGUUGAAGAAGACGACGGAGUCCAGGAGGUGCUUGACGUGCUGCUCGUGCAGUUCAUGGACGUGACGGCAUGCGAGGACAUUGUGGAAGCUAGGGAGUGCCUCAUGAAGGCAAAUAUGGAUGUCAAUAAAGCAAUCAUCAGCUACAUCAAUUAAGUAUUGAAGACAAGUUGUUUACUGGUGCCCACCAACGCAUCCGAAAGCACCCCGUGUCGGCUAAUCUCUUGAACUCCUUAUUGGCUCCGUGUACAAGUACCCCUUAACAGUAAGACACUAUGGCCAUGUGCACAUUCAGAAUACUUAUGUCUUCUUGUAGUAUAUUGAUCCAUAAAGUUUUCAGACAGCUACGAUGUGAAUUUUUUUGUAAUUCCUGAAAAAUGUCAAAAAAAGACAUCAAUUCACUUUGGGAAAUUUCAAACCACUGAAACAUACAUUUUGUAAAUUUGAAGUACAUGUUCAAAAUUCAGGCAAUUUUGUGGGGCUCAGCUAUGAUGGUGAACGGAAUAUCAUCUUGUGCUACAUCUUUUCAGAAACUACUGUUUAUCAAUGAAGCAUUUUCACUAACCCUAACAGUCCUGAAUCCUCCAAUUUCAAUAUAAUUUUGCACACCCCCUAGUGAGUACACUCCGUUUCCCUAAAAAUGCAUCAAUUCUCUGCAAAACUCUGCCAUGUUACAGUUUGCAAAAUCUUCAGUGUACAUGUACUAGUUGCCUGCUUCAAAGAUUUGAGUUUUUAACCAAGAAUUAUGGCCUAUUAUUAACCUUUGUAAAUCAUAUCAUGGUGUUUUGAAACGGCUUGUACUUCUUGACUUCUGAUUGCCAAUGAUAGUUCCCUGUUAAUUUUUUGAAAAUGAAAUCAAGGAUUCCUUCAAAAUAUUUGUAAACCAUAAAAACCAGCAUUUAACCGCUUUAGUGUUUAACCUUUUGCCCAGUUUCUUCUAAAAUGAUAAUGAAAGUUACUUGUCAGGUGCCACUAAAUAUUUCCAGUGGUUUAAUCAUCAAGUUUGUUUUAAGUACUUGUUCAGCCAUAAUUCUUAUACAAUUGCAUCAAUGUCAUGUGAAGAACUCAAUAAAUCAAAUUAGGUUUUGCCCUUCACCGACAUU